AUGAGUAGCUAUUUACCACCAUCUUCACCGGUCAGGGGCUCGACUUAUGCCCCCUCACACGAUUAUGAGAAGAAAGAUGUAUCUCAUGCGUGUAAUAAAACAUACCAUCAAACUUUCAAGGAUAAAAACUCGCAUAGAGAUAAGUAUCCCAGUCCAUUUCCAUCUUCCAGCAUUGGCCAUUCAUCAUCUCCAAUUAAAGAGACCAUAGAUCCUGAUUCUUCGUUCGAAGUAGAAAGUGACCAAAAUGAAAAAGAUUCUUUGAAAGUCUUUUCUACACCUAUCCCCGUAGAAAUUGAUACCAACAGCAGGUCUUCGCUAUUAUUAGGUCGUAAGCGUGGUUUAUGCGAUGUCCUGUUACCACCAAUGAAGACAAUAUCACGGAAACAUGCUAUUAUCUCAUACAUUCCCGAAAAGAAUCAAGUAAGAAUUGAGUGCCUGGGUAUCAACAGUAUGAUUAUUUCUUUACCAAGGAUGUUACAGGGUCAUUUGAUUAAACUUGUCCCAAAUAUUGACGUUUACGAAUUGGCUGGGACUGAAACAAUUAGAAUGUUGGAACAGAAUAGACCUGUACAGUAUGCUACCAAGCCAUUGGUCAAAGAUUGCAAUCUUACUAGGUUUUGCCUUGAAAAAGGUGAAAGUAUUAUUAUGCCAUUUAUGAAUAAUACUACUGUUGACUUUAGACAAGCUAUAGCCAUCCUAACAAGGAAAGAAGCAGAAUCUUCCUUGGAAAUUGGGAACCAUUAUGAUUCCGACUCUGAUCUCAAUUCCUCAGAAGAUAGUCUGGACAAUUUUAUUGAUAAUAGUGAAGAGGAUCCAUUGAAGAACAGUUCUGCUUUUGAAAGAGCUUCUUCGUUCAGAAAAGAUGAAAUACCUUCAAUUGUAAAGUCCCAUAUACCAACUGCACCAAAAGUAUUGAAAACUAUACAAACCCAUACGAUCCCACAACCUAUACAUACCCCAGAAUCUUCAUUUGCUAUCAGAGAACCAAGCACACCAACCAAGAAGCAACCAAUGGCAGCAAUUACAGCUUCGGUACCUCAUUCUCAUGUAAAGUCAUUCAGAAAACAGAAUAGUGCAACUCCAACUCAAUCAAAACAUAAUACAAAACGUAAGUUAACAACACAGGAACCUGACGAACAAAGUGUAGUUAAGAAGGAAUCUAAAAAGCAAAAGAAACUAUCAGAGGAGGAAAUUCUGGAAAUUCUAAAGGGGAGAAAUGUAGAUAUAGCAGAAUUGCAACGUGUCUUGGCCAAUCAUUUAGCUUUUGCAAAUGUUCAACAAACUCCACUAUCCCAACUAAUGGACGUCAAUUCUACAAUCAAAAAUUUAUCCAAAGAGGAAUUACGUGCUGUUUUGGCUGAAGAACCUUGUAUUGGCAUAAUUUACCGUCAAGGAAAAGAUGCUGCAGGUAAACCUCUCGAUGAAGAGUACUUUUACGAUUUGGAAAAAGAUACCGACGAAGAAAGAAGAGGAACAGUAACGUUAAUGAAAGGUGGAAGAACUGGUUUAAGAUCAUGCAGAAGAACUCAUAAGCAAUAUUUCUGGAAAAAACCAGCUAGAAAAUAG